AUGAGAUCUAAACUCAUCUUCCUUUUUUGGGGCCUGAUUUUUAUUGAUGUUGCUUCUCCACUGGAAAAAAAGAAUGAUACUCUUUUCCAAACCGAUAUCUUCGAAGCUUUUACAGCAUUAUCCGAAUAUCCUAAAAAUAUAACUCGUAAUUAUACCUUUGAAUUGAUGAGAGUUGACCUUGCACCUGAUGGAGUCGUUCGCCCUGUGUGGGCAGUGAAUGGACAAUACCCAGGCCCAAUGAUUCGUGCAAAUAUUGGUGACAAAUUUAACAUCACGGUUAAAAAUCAUUUUGGCGAUCCUACCGCAAUUCACUGGCACGGAAUUGACCAAAAAGGUACCAAUUGGUUUGACGGUGUUCCUGGGACUACUCAAUGCCCGAUUCCAAACGGAGUCAACUUUUCGUAUAUAUUUAACCUUAAUCAAUCUGGAACCUAUUGGUAUCAUUCCCAUUUUUUCUCGCAGCUCGUGGAUGGCACGAGG